AUGUCGCGUAUCAGUGACAUCCAUAUCUCUCACAUGGAUCUACCAGUUACCUCUAUACUUCAAUGCCGAACCAAUACAACCUCUACCACAAUCAAUGGCACCACCUAUAAGACAGAUUCUUGGUUCAAUGUACCUCAAAAUAUCGUUGAAAAAGUCCCCCGCCGAUUGCACCUACAAAAAGACCAUCCCGUAUACAUAACUCGGCAGAUCGUCGAGUCCGUAUUCCCAGGCCCGACCUUCAAAUACCACAAUGACUUCAACCCUGUCGUUACAACUCACCAGAACUUCGAUUCGCUAGGGUUCCCAAAAGACCACCCUGGACGAGCUAAGUCAGACACAUACUAUGUCAAUAGCGACACGUUACUACGAACGCAUACGAGCGCCCAUCAAGCGGACGUGUUCCGGGCGAAUCUGAGCGAGGGAUACCUAAUCAGUGCCGAUGUCUACCGCCGUGAUGAAAUUGAUAAGAGUCAUUACCCCAUAUUCCACCAGAUGGAGGGCGCGCGGUCGUGGGAUCGCGCUAAUGUACCCAAUGGGGAUGUUGCGGCGGCUAUAUGGGCGGACCUAGAAAAACUACCGAAACAUAAUAUCCAAGUCGAGGACCCAAACCCACCGUUCCACGACGAGAGGAAUCCUCGGCAAACGGCACAUCACUCCCCGGCCGAGGCCGAAGCUAUCGCUGCCCAUCUGAAGAGAUCACUAGAGCUUAUGGUCGUCGAGAUCUUCACCCGCGCCAAAGCAGCUGCUGUAAGGGCCGACCCUAGUUUCGUAGAUGAACCACUCCAGGUGCGAUGGGUUGAGGCAUACUUCCCUUUUACAAGUCCCUCUUGGGAGCUUGAAGUUUACUACGGCGGUGAUUGGCUAGAAGUACUAGGCUGUGGCGUAGUCAAACAGGACCUGUACAUCAAUGCAGGUGUGCCAGACCAAUUAGGCUGGGCUUUCGGUAUUGGCCUCGAAAGAAUCGCUAUGCUACUAUUUCAAAUACCAGACAUUCGUCUCUUCUGGUCACAGGACAAGCGUUUCCUAAACCAAUUUAGGGGUGUUUCGGACGACCUGAGUUCGCUAAAACGUUUCGUGCCCUUUUCUAAGUACCCUAUCUGCGCUAAAGAUGUGUCAUUCUGGCUGAGGCCUUUAUCUGCAGCCGGGGGUAGUACUAAAGCUAACGCGCAUGACUUUCACGAGAACGACGUGAUGGAAAUCGUACGCAGCGUGGCCGGGGAUGACGUCGAGGAUGUCAAGCUAGUUGACCAGUUUACUCACCCUAAAACUGGGAGGAAAAGCAUGUGCUACAGGAUCAACUACCGUAGCCUCGAACGGACUCUGACUAAUAACGAGACUAACGAUAUUCAUGACAAAGUCAAUAAAGCUUUAGUGGGAAAACUCGGAGUGGAAAUUCGAUGA